UCGAAAGAAAAGUCAAAUUGCACAGCGUGCAAUAAAUCCCCCUCACACACAUACACACGUGCGCAACCAACUGUCACCGUGCGAAGCGAAUCAGCUGUCAGUUGGGACUUUCGGUUCCGUUUCAUAAUCCCGUAGCAUCGGGCGAUAGAUUUUCUGUUCCAAUAAACAGUUUUCUGAGGCGGAAUUCGGGACACAUUCAGGCGUUCCGGGGUUUGCUGUUCGCGUUUCCGGUACGUGUGUACGUUGCGUGCUCUGUGUUGUUUCGUUUUUUUUGCGUGAUCUUGCAACUGAUUCCUUUGUGAGUUCCGUCUAAGUGUUUGUGUGGCGUUCGCUUAGUGUACCAACCGAAAGCCGUUGUUGCCGCCCACUCCUUGAACCGUUUUGCCAAGUUUUGAAGCAUCCUAGAGAAGAAUCAGACCUUCAGAUCUUCCACUUUAGAGUUGGAAUUCUCAGAAUAUUAAACGGCGACAAUAAUUGCUGUACUUUUCCCUAGCCAAACGUCCUACCGACCGUCAACAUGUGGUGGAAAUUCAUCGUAGAGGUGACGAACGAGUACAAGAUCCUGCGGGGGAUGAUAUCCUACUCGGCACUCUGGCCCAUCGGAUGUCUCAUACAGCAGACGUUCGAGGGUAAGCGGUUCAAAAACUAUGACUGGGAGCGUUGUCUGCGUUACAGCCUGUACGGGACAUUCGUUUCUGCCCCGAUGCUCUACACCUGGAUGCGCUGCGCCAACAUUAUGUGGCCCCGGACGGACUUCCGGUCGUCGCUGGCGAAAGCAUUCACCGAGCAGGCCGCCUACGAUCCAUUCGCUAUCGUGCUGUUCUUUUACGGCAUGAGCAUCCUGGAGCGUCGAUCACAGAAGGAGGCGGGCGAUGAGGUGCGUUCCAAGUUUUUCGACACUUACAAGGUAGGGUUCUUCUACUGGCCGUGCGUACAGACGGUGAACUUUUCGCUGAUCAAACCGAAGAACCAGAUCGUUGUUGCUGGGUUCUUCAGUCUCAUCUGGACGACGUUCCUGGCGUACGUGAAGACGAGUCAAAAGAAGCAACCGAUCGAACAGGCGAUGUAGAACGACCACUACUAACGCGUUCGAACUGUAGAUAUUUCGUUAGCGCUAGAAACGAUUUUAGGUUGAGCGAUUGAGUCCGAAAAGAGUUUGUUUGAAAUGAAUGUUCGCAACAAAAAGGUGCUAAUAAACAGAUAGUUCAUAAUUAUCUCCUACAA